AAUCUGUUGUCAUUCUCACAUCGCGAGGCAUAAGCAAAGACAAAAAAGUGAGAACGAAGUGCGUUAUUUCAUUUUUAUACAACUUAAUUUAAUUAGAAAUCUAAGCAAAGCAACAAUAUGCGCGAGUGAAAUUGUGCCACUCCAAAAAACCAAAAGGCUCCCGUGCCCGCAUCGUGUAAAUGGCAAAAAACUGACGCGAAAAGUAAAACUGCCAACAACAACAAGCAGCAGAAAACAGAAAGCAUAAGCAAGCAGCACCAACAACAACACCCACAGCAGCAGCAACAACAACGCAAUUGUGAUAGACAAAGAAAUAGAUUAAGGCAAACAGCGAAAGAGAACAGGAGGAAGGGAAAAUCGAAACGAAAACAGCCCGAAUAAUUAAUUUGGAAAAUAUUUCUUUGCUCGAACAUAUUGAUGGACACUGAGACUAAGAAACUCGAGUAAAUGCUUUUACACACUGGCACAUUUGAUACGCAACGAAAAUAGCUUUUAAAGUAAUAAGUAAUAAGCAGGCGGAAGAAGAAGCAUAGCCAUACAAAAUAAAUAAGAAGAACGUGGAAGGCGAGAAGGAAAAUAAAACAACACUGGCGUUAAAAGAGAGGGAGCAGCAGGCGAGCGAAAAUAAAGAGGAAGAGCUAUUAUUUUGCUGUUGUUGUUGCUGUUGCAAAUAAAAACACAAGUCACACAAACACUCAGAUACAGAUACAGCCACAGCUGAUGUAAAAUAAUUUGCAGCGCCUGUGUGUUCGUGCCCGUUUACAAUUGAUUAAAACCAAAACACACGAACACGCCGCGCUCACACUCUCGCAAACAGACAACAAUAACACUUGCACACUGGCCCACCAUUGUGAAAAUUGAUUAAAGAUUAUAAGCUUAACACUCACAAAACAAACACGGGUACAAGGCGAAUAUAAGUACAAGCACACGAACUGAUGAGGGAACACCACAAAAUCUUCUGAAGCACUGCCAAACCAUAAGCGAGACGAGAGGAACAGAAGGCGGAGGAGGCGGAGUGGGCGUGGGAGAGGGAGGAGCGGGAGUAUCCCCUCCAGGUAGCCAAGUCCAGGACACACAGGGAGCACCAACGGAUCCAUGAUGCUGUACGUGUUCCACGUGGACGUCGGCCGCAUGCUGAGCUUUGACAUGAACGUUGCUUUGCAAUCGGUGGAGCACCUAAAGGAAACGAUCCAGAAGUUGCACAACAUCCCGGCCGCCAACAUUGUGCUGUUGGUCAGCGGAGGCGAAAUGCUAACGCACUCAACCCAGGUGUCGUGCUACUCUGCUGGCACAGACACCAAUCCCAUUUACAUGUUCCUCACGGGGGAAGAGCGCCCGGCGCCCACGAUAUCCAACUCAGACGCCGACGCGGAGCUCCGUCGCCAGGUGGAGGAGAGCCAUCGCCUGCCACCGGUCCUGGAGACGGUGCGUCAACGCGCCCAGUUGGCGCAGCACAUGCGGGAGCUGGCCAGGAAGGAGGAGGAUCUGUGCGAGAGACUGGUUCAUGAGCAACACCUCCAGCAGCAGGGUUGGUCGGCGGUUGUGGCCAAUAUGGAGGAUCUGACGAACGAGUUUCGCGAGCGCUUCCACAAUUUCUGCUCCUCCUUUGACCGGCAUCUCCAGAAGCGUGAGAGCUAUUUGGAGCUGUUGCGCAACUUUGCCGAUGAUCUCAAACAGCUGGGCAGGAUUCCCAUACUGCCGGCCCUAAUGUCUCUGGCCGAGGCCGAUUUUCACGGCUUUGACGAACUGUUGGAGAACGACGACGUGUUUGCGGCCCAGCAACAACCGGUGCAGCAGCAGCAAGGUCUCACUGAAUCCUCACAGGCGGACUCUCCCAACAAGAAGCUCAAAAUGGGCGAGGAGGCGGAAACUGACUCUGGCGACCAGCAGGAGCGAGUUUCCCAGACCUCGACCAGCAGUAGUUCGCUGGCCCGUCGCCACAACCUCAACCUGCUGCAGUGGAUCAGCUCCAAAGGUAACCACAGUGCCCUGCAACUCAUGUCAGACGAAUGCAUACAGGGACUGGACAUCUUCAGUGCGGACAUCUACGACAAGCUAAAGGAGGAGGUGAAACAGAUCAUUAAGAUGGCCAACCAGGGCGACGUAAAGGAGAUCAAGGGACUCGGUGACCGUCUCUGCAAGCUGGAGGAGUUUAAGUUCCGGAUUAAGAAAAUGGUGCAGGAGCAAAAAGAGCAGGCCCUCGCCCUGCAGCAGAACGAGGCGCGGGCGCAGAAUCUGCGCGACAACUCCGUCCUGCCGGACCUCUGUCUCUCCCAUCGUUCCCAGCUACAGGUGAUGCUGGAAAAUCACACCAAGAUACGGGAAUACUGCCGCUGCAUAGCCAACUCCAAGGACGAGCUGGGGAGGAAUUUGCACACACGUCUGCGCCGGAUCGUGUGGAUCGAGAAUGGGAUGAGUGAAUUUGACAAUCGGUUGCUGUUUAAUCAUCGCUGCUUGCGGCGUGCCGAGCGUCACAUCAGCAUCAUCGAACAGAUCCACCGAGCUCCGAGCACUUAUGUGGCCGCCGUUGCGGAGGUGGUGCGCAGGAAGAUCCUUUCAGAUGAGUUUCGGCAGUGGGCCACCCGACUCUCUGUGGACUUCGAUCGCAUACACAGCGAGGAGUUGCGCCGAAGGAGGGAGUUCAAUGCCAGUUUCGAAGGUCAUUUUCUGAAUAUUCUCUUUCCUGGCAUGGCUGACAUGCCGCCAGCGUUCGCCAAUGAGCACCCAUUGAGCUUUGACACGCGUCUCCCUCCUCUGAGUCGAUCGGACAUGGAACUGCUCUCCUCUCAGCUGCCGGAACUUGCCGGACAACUGCAACUGCCCGACAUGAAGCCAGUGAUAGACUUCUUCGUCCUCCGGUCGGGCAAAAAUGGGGAGCAGGAGCAGGAGCAGGAUACCCCACUUUUGGCUCCCCGCUUGGCCGAACUGCAGGGGCAGACUGGUACCUCCGAUUGCGAAACGGAUACGGAAACCGAGUUUGAGAAGCUUAGCACCACGACCAGGUGUGUUGCUACUUCAACCUCUGCCACGUUGGUGGAGCAAAUAGCCCGGAGCACUGCCACCGAGGAUCUGCUCAUGCUCAGUGCUGGCACCCUGACGGAAGAGAACGCUGGUAGCAUCCAGAGGAUGCGUAGCGACAUGGAAAACAUGUCCAAGUUGGCCCAAGCCUGCCUGGCCGAAGCUCGCUCUAAUUUGGGCAUCUUUCGCAGUGAUGCCGCCAAUUACCAGGACGAGCUCCAGUCCGAGCUACAUCUCCUGGCGGAUAAGUGCAAUGUGUUGAGGAUGCAGUUCGAGGCACGCGAACAGAAAUCACAAGAGCAGCUGGAGGAGAUGCGCUUGAAACUGCAAUUGGCCGAGCAAGAGAAGCAGACUGCGGUGGCUCAGGCCCGGGAGCAGCUCAUCCACGAGCACAAAACCGAGCUCGAGUCCCUUCGUUGUCGCUUCAAACUGAUGACUUCAAUGGAGCGCUCGCCCUCGGACAGCAGUCUUGAAAAACUAGAGCGGCCGACGAGCAGUGCCAGCGUGGCCAGCGCAAACGCCGGCGUGGAUAUUGACCAGCUACUGGCCCAGCAGCGCCAGGAACUACUGGCCCAAAGGGAACGUGCCAUCAGCGAGGCCGUUGAUUCGGAGCGCUCGCUGUGGCAGUCACGCCUCCUGCCCCUUAACUCUGAAUCUGUGAUGGCCAACGUGGGCAUACUAAAGGACAUGCUGGCCGACAAGGAGCGACAACUGGAUCAGCUGCGAGAGCAGAACAAGAUCCUCACCCAGGAGUCAUACCAGCUGAAGACCCGACUGGAGAUGAUCACCAACGAGGAUGGUAAUAGUUGGCUCAAGGAGAAGAUUGACUACCUGAACAAGGACAAAUGCCGCCUGGAAGAGGAGCUCAGCCAGGAGAAGAGCCGGCGCCAGGAGAUGGAGACCAGUGUGGCAGCCAUGAGAAGACGAAUGCUAACACAUAGCUUUUCCGUCCAUAGCUCUGUCUACGAUCUGAAUGUGGGUGGGCCCAUAACCCGUUCCAAGUCCGGCGUCAGUUCCGGUCACCGAUCGAUUGCCUUGGAGGGAUGUUCUCGAGGUGAUCUCGUUUUCGUGGUUUGGAGCAUGCGUCAUGCGCAAUUUAUGGUCGUCCAGGACUCGCUCACCCUGUACUUUGUCCACGCCGACAGUCUCGCUGGCCUGCAGCUGACGGCUCCGGCUGCACCGACUCCGGCAUUGGAACCCUCGCUGGCAGUUGCGGAACUUAACCAGAUCCCGCUCCCCUACUACGCCAUAGGCCGGGUCAUCGACAAGGAGUAUUGUCAGGCGCGAAAGGAUGACAAUCGUUAUCGCGUCAGCAGGGGCUCCAAGUUCUAUCGCAUCAAGCUGGCCCCGUUGCCCUCUCGGAACGCUUCUCGGCGGGAGCGCCUAGAGUCCAGCUCAUCCGCAGCCGCUGCAUCGCCAAGAGAUGUCAUCGAUGCUCCCACCAGCAACAGCAGCGUCUACCAAAGCUUCAAGCAGCGCACGGUGAGCAUUACGAGCGUGAAUGAGGAGGAUGACGAGUCGGCGUCACUGCUCAGUGAGCGUUGUCGCUACAUAAGCGUCAGCGAGGAGGAUGAGUUGCACGCUGCUGGCGGCUCAGUGUCGGCAAUAACAGCUGCUGUAGCAACAGCCACAUCGACUGUGUCAGCACCAACAACUACAACUACUGCAACAGCGGUAGCGGGACCGACGACAACUGCAGCGACGGCAGCAACUCAAGCACAGUCUGUGAUAACAGAGCAGCCAACGGCAUCAAGCAAACUUAAAUUGGAUCUACUGUUGGCCUCUGCUGAUAUAAUAACACAACCCUUAACACAAUUACCACAUCAACAGCGACAGGAACAAAAACAAAAACAACACGUUGAGGAAACAAGUCCAAAUCAAACAAUCCAACCGGAGAAUCCGGAACAGGAAACCAUCACCAUCUAUGUGCCCCCCAAUCCCCCGGCACCAUCAACUGCAACAAAUACUACAAGUGCUAGCAUCCUGGGCCCCAUUAUUGCGGAGCCGAUUAUCAGCACAGCCGCCAUGCUACCAAUGUCCAUUGGUACGGCGGCCAUAAGCGAGGACUCCGACGAGUACCGAUCCCUGGAGGGCAAGGAUGGCGAUGCCGAUGAUUUUCCCAUUUCCGAGUAGUGUGCGACAAUUAGGAGUAACAUAUAACUACUUAUAUACAUAAAUGGAGUGUGUAUCUAGGCUAAAUCUUUUACUCUAUUUAGGAACCACAGCAUACAAACAAAAAUACCCCCUAAAAAUAAGCCACAGGGCCGACACCGACACAACACAGCAAACACCAACAAACCAACCACAACAACAGCAACGUGAAAGUUAUAUACUUAACUAAUUUAAAGUUUACCAAGUGCAGAAUAUAUAUUGAAAAAAACGGAAAACAAUUGUUCUAAUGUAGUCUACGUCUACAUAAUGAUAUAAUCUUAUCCAAUUUGAAUUCGGGCCUUACCCGUACAAACACAAUCACACCGAGACACAAACACAAGCUAGGAUUUUCAAAUUUUUAUUUAAAAUAAAAAUAAUGUACUUUAACAAAUUUAUCAUAUAAUCAAAAUAUAUACAUUGGUAGUUUUCGGUUUAAAUUUAUA